GUUUGUCAUCGCUGAUUGGUUGUUGCACUGACUGGGCGGAGUCUUACGCAAAGCUCUGAGCGGAUGUUUCCGGUUAUGACCGUUGUUUGACAGAUCAGGACGACCGUCGCUUUCAGUGGCUGUCAUUGAUGGCCCAGCUGUGCGUUGAGAUAGAAUGGGACAGAGCACAUCGGGCCCAGAGUCUGCAGAAGCUUCACAGCUGGAUCGAUUUGGAAACAUCAAGAGUUUAGUGGAGGAUCAGCUGCAGACCAGCAUGGUGGUGGGAAUCGUAAUCGGCGCUGGAGUCGCCAUCGUUCUCAUCGCUCUCCUCAUAUUUUUUGUCCUGCGCAGGAUGCAGCUCCGCAAACGUGAGGCUCAGGAAGCCCCGAAAUAUCGUUUUCGUAAAAGAGACAAAGUCUUGUUUUAUGGGAGGAAGAUUAUGAGGAAGGUGUCUCAGUCCACCUCUUCACUAGUGGGCUCCACUUCUUCCUCCAGGCCCCGCCUCAAAAAGAAACAGAAGAUGCUAAAUAUUGCCAAGAAAAUCCUGCGCUUUAAGAAGGAAGUGCCCAUUCUGCAGAUGAAGGAACCUCCUCCGUCAGUGCUGGAGGCAGAUCUCACAGAGUUUGACGUGGCCAAUUCUCACCUGCCAUCUGAGGUGCUCUACAUGCUGAAGAACGUGCGUGUGUUGGGUCACUUCGAGAAGCCGUUGUUCCUGGAGCUGUGUAAGCACAUGGUGUUUCUGCAGUUCCAGCAGGGUGAAUAUGUCUUCAGACCCGGUCAGCCUGAUAGCAGCAUAUAUGUGGUACAGGAUGGCAAGCUGGAGUUGUGUCUUACUGGACAGGAUGGAAAGGAUGGAGUGGUCAAAGAGGUUUACCCUGGAGACAGUGUUCACAGUCUACUAAGCAUCCUUGAUGUCAUCACAGGUCACCAGAGACCAUAUAAGACCGUUUCAGCGAGAGCGGCAGAAGUCUCCACUGUCCUCAGACUGCCUGUCGAUGCCUUUCUGUCCAUCUUUGAGAAAUACCCAGAGAGCCUUGUGCGGGUGGUUCAGAUCAUCAUGGUCCGUCUUCAGAGAGUGACUGUUCUGGCCCUGCACAACUACCUGGGGCUCACCAAUGAACUCUUCAGCCAUGACAUGCAGGCUCGUCCCUCUCCUGCCUCUCCUCAUCCAACACGCUCCAGUCCCGUACGACACAGCAAACGCUUUGGCAGUCUCACCAUUCCUGAUAAACAUCGUGAGGCCGCUGUGCAAAAUGCUACUGGUGGGGAUCAUGGGAAGGAUGUUGGCACAACACCGACCCUCAGUAGGACUAUAUCCAUGCCUGUAGACAUCGCUGGAAUCCAGAAGGGUCUGCGUUCAGAUUUCGACAUGGCUUAUGAGAGAGGCCGUAUCUCUGUAUCUGCUGAGGAUGGAGCGCCCACUCCACCUGCUUUCACACGAGAGCAGCGGGAGAGGAAGGUGACGGUGGAUGAGGUUCCUUCAAGUGUGUAUUUGUAUCCUGAGGAGGAGUCAGGAAUGGAGAACAUGUUAAGCCCAUUUCAAGGAAGACCUUAUGCUACAGUGUUCGAGGAGGCCCAGAAAGAGAUUCUCAAGCUCAUGAAGAUUGAGGACCCUGCGCUGCUGAAUGGGAGGGUGACGUUUCAUCAUGCUAAAGCUGGAUCUGUGUUAGCCAGACAGGGAGACCAGGAUGUGAGUCUGCAUUUUGUCCUGUCUGGCUGUCUUCAUGUCUAUCAGAAGAUGAUUGACAAGCAGGACGCAGUGUGUUUGUUUGUGACCCAGUCGGGUGAGAUGGUAGGUCAGCUGGCUGUACUCACAGGAGAGCCGCUCAUCUUCACCAUUAAAGCUGAGCGUGACUGUACCUACCUCAAGAUCUCCAAAUCUGACUUCUAUGAGAUCAUGCGUGAGCAGCCAAGUGUAGUUCUCAGUGCAGCUCACACUGUGGCUAUCCGCAUGUCCCCGUUUGUACGGCAGAUGGAUUUCGCCAUUGACUGGAUGGCUGUUGAAGCUGGACGGGCCCUGUACAGGCAAGAUGAUCAGUCCGACUGUACCUAUAUUGUGCUGAAUGGACGACUGCGUUCUGUCAUCCGAAAAGCGAAUGGGAAGAAGGAGCUGGUUGGAGAGUAUGGACGAGGAGAUCUCAUUGGAGUUGUGGAGGCUUUGACUCGGCAGCCUCGUGCCACCACAGUCCAUGCAGUCAGAGACACAGAGCUGGUGAAGCUUCCAGAAGGAACGCUCAACAAUAUUAAGAGAAGAUACCCACAGGUGGUGACACGCUUGAUUCAUCUGCUGGGGCAGAAGAUUUUGGGGAACCUUCAACAGCCCCGUGGACCUUUCUCAAGCUCUGCCUUGGGUCUGCCAAGCAUGGCGUCGAGUCCGGAUGUCACUAACCCAGCCAGUAAUCUCUCCACUGUGGCCGUGCUUCCUGUUUGUGAUGACGUGCCAAUCAGUGCCUUCAAUUUGGAGCUCAGCCACGCCCUCAGCGCCAUAGGACCGACUCUGCUGCUAACCAGUGACAUCAUCAGAGAGAGACUUGGCGCUUCAGCGUUGGACAGUAUUCAUAAGUACAGGUUAUCAGGUUGGUUGGCUCAGCAGGAGGACAUUAAUCGUAUAGUGCUGUAUCAGACGGACAGCAGUAUGACCCCAUGGACUCAACGCUGCAUCCGACAAGCUGACUGCAUUCUCAUUGUGGGGCUUGGAGACCAGGAACCUGCACUUGGAGAGUUGGAGCAGAUGUUGGAGAACACAGCGGUACGGGCCCUGAAGCAGUUAGCUCUGUUGCAUCGUGAGGAUGGGCCGGGCCCCUCGAGAACCGUUGAAUGGCUAAACAUGCGAAGCUGGUGCUCUGGACACCUUCACCUAAAGUGCCCCCGUAGAGUUUUCUCACGAAGAAGCCCCUCCAAACUGCGAGAGGUAUAUGAAAAGGUUUUCGAGAAGACUGCAGACAGACACAGUGAUUUCUCACGGCUGGCCAGAGUACUAACAGGAAACAGCAUCGCUCUCGUACUGGGUGGAGGCGGAGCCAGGGGCUGCUCUCAUGUUGGUGUAAUCAAAGCCAUGGAGGAAGCAGGAAUUCCCAUCGACAUAGUGGGAGGGACUUCCAUUGGCUCAUUCAUUGGUGCUCUGUAUGCAGAGGAGAGAAGUGCUGUUCGGGUCAAGCAGAGGGCGAGAGAGUGGUCCAAGGCAAUGAACUCUGUUUUCAAAACGGUACUGGACCUUACUUAUCCAAUCACGUCCAUGUUCUCUGGCUCUGCCUUCAACACCAGCAUCUCCAAUGUCUUUGAGGACAAGCAGAUUGAGGACUUGUGGCUGCCUUACUUUAAUGUGACCACAGACAUCACAGCUUCUGCUAUGCGUGUUCAUAAAGAUGGCUGUGUUUGGCGCUAUGUUAGAGCCAGUGCCUCCUAUACCCCUUAUCUGCCUCCUCUCUGCGACCCCAAGGACGGCCACCUCCUCGUGGAUGGUUGCUAUGUUAACAAUGUCCCAGGCUCCCUGUGGCGCUAUGUCAGGGCGAGCAUGACCCUUUCCGGGUACCUGCCACCCCUCUGCGACCCUAAAGAUGGAAACCUGCUCAUGGAUGGAGGAUACAUCAACAACCUGCCAGCGGACAUAGCUCGUAAUAUGGGCACAAAAACAGUCAUCGCCAUUGAUGUGGGCAGCCAGGAUGAGACUGAUCUCUGUAACUACGGUGACAGUCUUUCUGGCUGGUGGCUGCUAUGGAAACGAAUCAACCCGUGGGCAGAGAAAGUGAAGGUGCCUGACAUGGCUGAAAUCCAGUCCCGUUUGGCGUAUGUAUCUUGUGUACGGCAGCUAGAACUUGUCAAGAAGAGCGCAUACUGCGAGUAUAUUCGGCCACCCAUCGACCGCUUUAAGACCAUGGACUUUGGGAAAUUUGAUGAAAUCUAUGAUGUAGGUUAUCAAUAUGGUAAAUUAGUGUUUACUGAGUGGGCUCGUGGGGACAUUAUUGAAAAUGUUCUGAAAGACCAUCGCUCUGCGGAUUACAAAGACAGCAAGAAGACUGAUUCAUGCACGUGUCCUAGUGCAGACUUCACUGAUCUAGCUGAAAUUGUGUCCAGGAUUGAGCCGGUGCAGAACUACUUAGCUGAUGCAGAGGAGUCUGACUAUGCGACAGAGUAUGAGGAGGACGGGAUGGACACAGUGAGAGAGGAGGAGGGUGAGGAAGAGGAGGAGGAGGAGGCUGAAGACCCUGAGGACCAGUCUCCUGGAGAAUGGGGACCAAAUGGGGUCUUCACAUCAGAUGAAGAGAAGACAGUCCGUCAGAGGAAGAACAUCCCCAGGGAACACAACGUGGACUUCUCUAAAGUGUCAGAUUCCUGAAAAGGGAGUAAUGCAGGGUCAAAGGGCACUGGAAAGAGAAGCAGAGUCCCACCAGGGGCUGAAGAAUAUAAAGACACGAAUAUAAAAAGACUUCUGAAUUAAUAAGAUUGUUGAAAAGUCACCAAAGAUACUGUGAUUUAGACCCCAUUAACACAUUACCCACAAUUUGUCACCAAAACUGUGACUCUGUUACGCCUUUGGGAUUUUUCUCGCUCAAGACUCUACAACAACAGGGUCCAGGGACUGUGGGGGCCCAGCAAGGCAGAGGAGCCACUCCUUGAGAUACUUUACCACUGAAAUUAGGGGCUCUACAUCUUUUGAGAUGUUUUGGGUGUCAUGGGAAAUGAUGUCUACUGUAGUGGCCAGCAUACCACUAUCCUUAAGUUCUGGUUUUCCUGUCUGUUUCCAGACGAUACCAGUUACUAGAGAUAGUGUGUGGGGUGAAUGAUUUGUGAUUUUAAUUUAAUUUAAUUUAAUUUAAUUUUGUGUGUGUGUGUGUGUGUGUGUGUGUGUGUGUGUGUGCGUGUGUACGGCCACAACCUAAACAUGAAUUGACACCUUCUUCCAUAAAAUGCCUUCUAGACUGAAAAUGGCUUCCCAGGAUGCAUUGUUGAAGGUCUGAAGCUGAGAAAAGACUGUGUGGGUUCAGAAAGACUUCAAGAGGAAGUAAUGCUGCUUCAUAGAGACCUAUCAUUUCCAUUACAAUGGUUAGAUUGUGAUUUGAUGGUAUUUGAUGGUAAUGCUUGCACAUUAUUAGGAAAAAUCACUUCAGAUUUUCAGUAACAAUAUGUUCCUGAUAUCUGAUAUUAUUUUUAAAGAGGGAUAACAGAGUGGAAAACUAUGUAGGUGCUCAAAUGUGGUAUAAGUCAUAACAGGGAAGAUUUCGAUGGGAUGGCCAAAUUGUGUAGAAUACAGAUGGAUUGACUGCUGAGACAGAAAUGUGGACAGAUGGUAAUGAAAUCAAGAAUGAUAAAAAAGUAUUUUUUUUAAAGAGUAGUAGGAAAGAGAAACAAAUGUAGGGAGGUAGAGUGAGUAGGUAAAUAAUGAAGUAGGGUGUGAAGAAAUGAACAAGAGGGAGGGAGGAAGUAAGAACAAUAUGUAGUGAGGAACCGAGUGUGAGCAUGGAAGAGAGAGAGGAA